AUGCUUGUUACACAGAUAUCGCAAAUAGCUCACACACGAGCCGCACAAACUACACCUAGAGGACAAUUCCCUGGACAAACUCAACCCAAUCCUAAAGGGAAAGCAAACACCAUUACCUUAAGAAGCAUAAAUGCUUAUGAUGGACCUAGAAACCCAAUGUUGAGCGCACCCAGAAAACCUGAGGAAAAUCUCGUGCCCAUGGACCAAGUGGAGAAGCCAGAGCAAUCUGUGGAACAACCAAACCAAGGAGUAGAAACAAAAGAUAAAAGUUACACACCAUCAUCGCCAUAUAAGCCCCCAAUUCCAUAUCCGCAUAGACUUAAGAAAACCAAGAUGGAAAGUCAAUACCAAAAAUUUAUCAAGGUGAUAGAAAAACUUCAUGUAGAAAUCCCUUUUAUAGAAGCAAUCACCCAAAUACCAUCAUACGCCAAAUUCUUAAAAGACAUUUUGUCCAACAAACGCAGACUCGACGAUCCUAAACCCUUAGAAUGCCAUUCCAUCUCCGAGAAUAAACUUGCCAAGAAAGACAAAGACCCUGGAAGUUUUUCCAUUCCCUGCAUCCUAGGAAAUCAUAUGAUCCAUAAAGAUUUCUUAGACCUAGGAGCGAGCGUGAGAUUAAUGCCUUUGGAAGUUUGUAAGAGGUUAAACUUAGGAGAACUUCAUCCGACCAAAAUGUCUUUACAAUUAGCUGAUAGAUCCGUCGAAUACCCUAUGGGCAUAUUAGAAGAUAUAGCAGUUAAAAUAGGUCAGUUAAAUAUUCCGACCGAUUUCGUAGUAAUGGAUAUUAAGGAAGAUGACUAA